AUGGUAAACAGCCUUGUAAAACAAACCAAUGAGCUUCCAGGUUGGUUGGUGAAAACCUUAAUUGGGCCACAUGGCACCAGCGAGGUCUUUGUAAGUGUAAGAAGACAACUUUUUUCAGAAAUGAAGGCAGAAAAUAUCCAGGGCUUUCUACACUCCUUCACCAGAUUCCCACAUGUGGCCGGAACAGAGCAGAACCUCCGGUUGGCUAGGCAGAUCCAGACUCAGUGGAAGGCGUUCGGCUUGGACACAGCAGAAUUGGUUCACUACGACGUCCUCCUUUCUUACCCAAAUCAAAGCUCUCCCAACUAUGUCUCCAUUACUGAUGAUGGCGGGAAAGAGAUUUUCAACACAUCAUUGUUUGAGCCCCCGCCUGAAGGCUAUGCAAAUAUUUCUGGAGUGCUGCCACCUUAUAAUGCUUUUUCAGCACAGGGUGAGCCACUGGCCGAUCUGGUGUAUGUCAAUUAUGGACGCACAGAAGAUUUUUUCAAGUUAGAGAGAGAAAUGGGAAUAAACUGCACAGGAAAGAUUCUAAUUGCUCGAUAUGGAAAAAUAUUCAGAGGAAACAAAGUUAAAAAUGCCAUCUUGGCAGGAGCGAAAGGAAUUAUCCUUUACUCUGAUCCUGCAGAUUAUUGUGCGCCUGGGGUCAAACCCUACCCAGAGGGCUGGAAUCUUCCUGGACAAGGAGUUCAGCGUGGAAAUGUGUUAAAUCUAAAUGGCGCAGGAGAUCCUCUCACGCCAGGCUAUCCAGCCAAAGAAUACAUGUUCAGACUUGACGUUAGUGAUGGGGUGGGAAUCCCCACCAUUCCAGUACACCCCAUUAGUUACCACGAUGCUGAGGUUUUAUUAAGAUUCAUGGGUGGUUCUGCAGCUCCAGACAAGAGUUGGAAAGGAAAUCUCAACGUAUCGUACAAUGUUGGGCCUGGAUUUUUAGAUCACUAUUCCACAAGAAAAGUUAAGAUGCACGUUCAUAGCUCCAGUCAAAUUACACGGAUAUAUAAUGUGAUCGGAAGCAUCAAAGGAACAGUGGAACCUGAUAGGCAUGUCAUUUUUGGAGGCCACAGAGAUUCCUGGGUCUUUGGGGGGAUUGACCCCACCACAGGAGCUGCUGUCCUUCAAGAGGUUGCCCGCAGCUUUGGCAAGAUGAUGGAGAAAGGUUGGAGGCCAAGAAGAACAAUCAUUUUUGCCAGCUGGGAUGCAGAAGAAUUUGGAUUAUUAGGCUCCACAGAGUGGGCAGAGGAAAACAGCAAACUUCUUCAGGCAAGGGCUGUGGCUUACAUCAACACUGAUUCUUCCAUUGAAGGCAACUACACUUUGAGGGUUGACUGCACUCCUCUUCUGAACCAACUGGUGUAUAAUUUGACAAAAGAGGUCCCGAGUCCUGAUGAAGGAUAUGAAGGAAAAUCUCUCUAUGAGAGUUGGCUUGAGAAGGAUCCUUCCAGCGAAAAUAAUCAGCGACCCAGGAUCAACAAGCUUGGAUCAGGCAGUGAUUUUGAAGUUUUCUUUCAAAGACUAGGAAUUGCAUCUGGCAGAGUCCGCUACACUAAAAACCGGAAAACGGACAAAUACAGUAAUUAUCCAGUCUACCACACUACCUAUGAGACUUUUGAACUGGUCAAGCGGUUUUACGAUCCCUCUUUCCGGAAGCAGCUGACUGUGGCUCAAAUACGGGCAGGCUUGGUCUAUGAGCUUUCUGAUUCCCCAGUCCUUCCUUUCCAUUGUCAGGAUUAUGCAGAAGCUUUGAGAGUCUAUGCCAACGAAAUCUAUGAUCAGGCCAACAAACACAAAGCAGAACUUGACAAGUACGAAGUUUCAUUUGAUGCCCUUUUUUCUGCCGUGAAUCAUUUUGCAGCUGUAGCAACAGAUUUUCACCGCAGGCUUUUCCAGCUUGACAUGAAUAAUCCCAUUGCUGUACGGAGCAUGAAUGAUCAGCUGAUGUUUCUAGAGAGAGCUUUCAUUGAUCCUCUUGGUUUGCCAGGCAGACCAUUCUACAGACACAUCGUUUUCGCUCCAAGCAGUCGCAACAAAUACGCAGGCAUGUCCUUCCCAGGGAUCUACGAUGCUCUUUUUGAUAUCGGCAGCAGGACAGAUCCACACAAAGCUUGGAAGGAAGUCAAGAGGCAGAUCGCCAUUGCGGCCUUCACGCUGCAGGCUGCUGCAGGGACUCUGGAAGAGUCUUCUAAGACAACGACAGCAGAAUAGAAGCGGCCUAUUUGAUUUGUACGGCCGGAAAAUUUAU